GUUGAUUUUACCAUUGCGGUGGCCUUAGCGUACCAAAAUAUUAAUACAUUAAUGCAGAGAUUAAUCCCCAGUUAGGGUACGAGGACGAUAAGAUCCACGUGUUCCGCCUUCCAAUUUCAGCCCGUGCCCGCGUACGUAAGACGUGCAUUAUGCCACUGUAGCCUCUCUCCUACUAGGAACGAGACAGCUCAUAUCCUCCCCAUCUCGUUAUCCCUCGGCAAAUUCCUUGUGCCUAGCGAAGCUAACGCCUGGCACCAUCGACAAUCCAGCAGCUCUGGUAGCAUCUGGGUUAACAAGCAAUGCUCCUAUAGUGCUAACCCCUUCCCGCGAUCGAACUCCAAUCUGAAUACAACCGAUACCUACCAUGGCCAGCGUAUCACAUACCCACCCCCACGGGGAUCUACACGAUGAUGAAUCAAUUCUCGGUGAUGAUGCUAUUGAAGCUGAUGAAGUCUUCGACGCUGAUGACCCACUACACGAUACUGAUACCACCCCUUUAAGAGGCAAUAUUCAAGCCCAGGCAUCGAGCUCCCGAGGCGGCGGCCUCUCCGGUAACUACCUGACUUCUUCAAUCCCCGGCGAGGACCGUCGCGCAGCUCAGAACACCAUCGAUGAAACCGUCUGGGAAACGUUGUCGCGCGACCUGCUGGCAGUCUGGGAGAAGAUGCGCCAGGUUUUGUGGCCCAAAUACCUGAUGGGUGGGAUGUUGCAACGAGGUGGAGGGGGCAUUGGGGGUGCGGCCGAACGAGGGGAGGCUACCGGGUUCGGUGGUGGCGGCAGGCUGAGGAAUCUCGUGGGCCGCUGGCCGGACGCUGAUACUGUCUUGCAAGGUGGGAUGAGCGAGGGUUUACGUGAUUGGGAUCUUUGGGGUCCGCUCAUUUUUUGCUUACUUUUGAGCUUUUUCCUGGCGAUGCGCGCAAAGGGGGAGCAGUCGGACUUGGUAUUCUCUGGGGUGUUCUGUAUUGUGUGGAUUGGAGAAGCGGUUGUGACAUUGCAGAUCAAACUGCUGGGAGGAAAUAUAUCCUUCUUCCAGUCCGUCUGCAUCAUCGGCUAUACGCUCUUCCCUCUCGUCAUAGCUGCCCUCCUCAGUGCGCUUGGCCUACCGACUAUUGCACGGAUACCGGUAUAUCUUGUCUUGAUCGCAUGGUCGUUAGCGGCAGGUAUCAGUAUCCUUGGCGGAUCUGGCGUGCUCAAGAACCGGGUCGGCAUCGCAGUAUACCCUCUGUUUGUGUUUUACAUUGCGAUCGGCUGUCUCUGUUUUAUUAGUUAAGAGUAGGAGCGCGUUGAGCCAGAUACUAGCGAUCUAAUAGCUCAGGGACUAUCAUGGAUUCCCAUGGUAUCGACGGGAGGGAAAAGAAAGGAAAUUCCCGGUGUAGGGCGUGCGACCUAACUCAUCAAUAGCCUUAUCCUAUUGUUCUUUUGUGUGACUUGAAGCUGUGCUUUGUGUUUCUAUUUUUUAUUUUUAUUUUCUACGUUUAUUUUUUCCCAAUUGUAUUAGAUUUUUUUUUGUUUCUGGCAUGUUCAGAUAUCCAAUUGAAACAAUGUUUUCUUACCAUGGCUGAUGGGAAUUUUGCUGCUUGUUAUUAUUAUUGUUGUUGUUCUGUGGUUAUCAGAUAACGUUUCCCGAGGA